UAUUUAUAAAAUCCCUGGAAUAUGAAGCCAACUAGAGACAAAGCCUUGCAACUUGUUUAACACUUCCAUUUCUCAUACAAGUUAGGUUGUGUAUGUGAAAGUUAUCUUGACUGACAUGUGGUGUCUGGUUUUAAUUGACAUUGUCCGACUUGGUUUGUUCUGAAAGGAGUAAUUUCUCUUAAUAAAAUACCAAUGUGACAUGUGGUUUCUGGUUUGAGUUGACAUUGUCCAACUUGGUCGGUUCUGAAAGAAGUAAUUGCUUGCCAGAAUACCAAUGCCUCCGAACCCAUUUGCAAUUUUCUUGAUCUAAUUAGCUAUCCUCUUUUCUUCUUUCCUUAUCUACUUCUUUUUGUUUUAACUUUUCUUUGCACAUCUUGGAUUCUAUUUCCAUUUCUCCCUUUCCCUUCUCGAGCCUGGCCUCUUUUUUCCCUUCCACAUCCUCUUUCCUUUAUUGUUGUUUUCUUGUAAAUAGCCUUGGUCCUAUGCUGUCCUAGAAUUGAGGGCCAAACUUUGCUUAUAGUUUGAUGUCCCUGUGUUUCGCCCUUGUUCUGUGAUUAUUUGUUGUUUAUCAUCUCUGCUGCACUUUGUGGUUCCUAUGUUUCACAAUGAUAUUUUUCUUCCUAGCUGGAGGUUGACAGGAAUUAUUCGCUGUCCCAAGCACCAUAGUGUGGCACCACUAUCCUAUUCUUUUCAUUGCCCACCUUCCUCUAAUCAUAUGUCCAGCUUGGGAAAUUGGAUCCAAAUCAUGACUCAUCAGGUUGAGUUCUUGGAUAAUUGGCAUGGCAGUUAAGGUCUCUCACUGAUAGAAAGAACCAGAGUAGAGUUCCAAAGAAAAUGCACAAAGCUGAAAGAGAGAAACUUAAACGUGACCAGUUGAAUGAACUCUUUCUUGAGCUUGGUCAUGUGCUUGAACCAGAUCGACAAAACAAUUGUAAGGCUUCCAUAUUGGGGGAUACUACCCGUGUACUUCGAGAUCUUUUCGCUCAAGUAGAAACUCUCAGAAAGGAAAAUGCUGCUCUGCUAACCGAAUCUCGUUAUGUUACCGUGGAGAGGAAUGAGCUGAAAGAUGAGAACAAUGCUCUGCAAGCUGAAAUAUCCCAGCUUCAAACUGAGCUACAGGGGAGAUCGUUGUCUGUUACCAUGUGGAAUAACAACACUAACUCAAGCUCUUUCACUCAACCACAGCCAACAGCCACUGUGCUUCCGAUGCAGCAACAACCAAUCAUUAUUGGAUCUGUGCAAGCAAACCCCGUCCGGGAGCUUCAGCUCUUCCCAGUGGAAAGAAUAACCACACCACCAUCAACACCACCUGCACCACCUUCUCAGGUAACAAGACCACAUGCCAGAUAUCCAGCUCCAUUGGACUUGUGGCCAGGUCAGUUGCUUUCUACACUUCCACGGACCUCACAAGAAGAAAUAUGUGGCAGCAGUAGCAUAAGCACUGGCAGCAAGGAGGGAUCUGAUAAAGUAUGAGCCAGUACGUAAGAUUGAGACAUGUACAUCAGGGAUUUGACAAAAUUUUCCCACUUAUCAAUGGCUAAAUGAAGAAUGUCAUUUAAGCAUUACAAGAAUUCUUGCUGAUGAUGUUGCCAAGGGAAAAAGCUUGAGUUGGUGGGAAAGCAGUAGUUAGUUUUGAGAAACAUAUACAUAUUUUGUUGUGAAUCAAUGAAUUCAGGUUUCUUCAA